AUGACGCUGCGACGUGCCAGAUGGCAAACAGCACCGUUUCGCCUGCCUAAAAUGCAGGUGUCCCCCGGCUGCAGCCCGCACGUCCCCCCAGCUAGGGACGGCCGAGCACCUCCGGCGUUAACCCCGACAAAGACGGGACCCCGGGCGGGCGUUGUGCGCGGCCAGGCCCGCCCCGGCCCCGCAGAGCACGGCUGCCGCUCGGGGCGGGGAUGCGGCCGGGGCGGCCGCGCGGAGAAGCGGGGCGGCCCCGGGCAGCGGAGCUCCGCAGCACGGCCUCUCGGAGGGCGGGCGGGCCUCGGGCGGGGCGGCGGCUGCGCGGGCGCGGAGAAGGCCGCUGCCACCACCCCGCGCUCCCGCACGCGCAGCCCGCGGCUCGGGGCGGCGGGCACGGAAGCGCCGGGACUUCCUCCGGGGGAGGCCGCUCCCCGCGGGGCGAUGCGGGCCGCCUGGGUGCUGCUGGCGGCGCUGGCCGCCCUGGCCGCCUAUUACAUCUACCUGCCGCUGCCCGGCACCGUGUCGGACUCGUGGAAGCUGAUGCUGCUGGAUGCCACCUUCCGGGCAGUGCAGCAGACGUGUCACUUGAUUCACUAUCUGAGACUCAGCCAUCACUUGAUAGUUCUGAAUUAUUUGAUUUGCACGUUUGACAAGCUGAAGUCUGUCUCUUCUGAACCCAUUAACAUAACGGAUGUUGUUUUCGAUGGUGUGGAAGUCAGAGUGUUUGAACCUCCUGCAAAGCAAGAUGAACCGCUCAAGCGCAGCGUUGUUUACAUCCAUGGAGGCGGCUGGGCCUUGGCAAGUGCAAGAACGAGCCUUUAUAACAACCUCUGCAGAGUCAUGGCUGAAUCUCUCAAUGCUGUAGUUGUCUCAGUUGAAUACAGGCUGGUACCAGAGGUGUGCUUCCCUGAGCAAUUCCAUGAUGCUCUUCGUGCUACAAAGCAUUUUUUGCAGCCUGAUGUCUUAGCUCAGUAUUCAGUUGACCCAAAUCGAAUUGCGAUUUCUGGCGAUAGUGCAGGAGGAAACUUGGCUGCUGCUGUGUGUCAGCAGCUUAGCAAGGAUGAGCAUUUGAUCAUCAGACCAAAACUGCAGGCAUUAAUUUACCCAGUCCUUCAGGCAUUUGACUUCAAUACACCUUCAUAUCAGCAGAAUAUGAAUAUGCCUGUUCUUCCUCGUUCUGUCAUGAUUAACUACUGGAUAGACUAUUUGAAUGGUAAUUAUGACUUGGCUCACUCACUGCUGAUUAACAACCACACUGCUCUCGAUGUACAUCAAGCUCUGACUUUCAGAGGACGUCUGAAUUGGACAUCUCUACUGCCCUCAUCAUUCAAAAAGAACUACAAGCCUGUAGUACAAACCACAGGCAACACUGAAAUAAUCCAGGAGAUACCAGCGCUGCUUGAUGUGCGAGCAGUCCCACUGCUUGCAGAAAAUGAAACUUUGCAGCUGCAGCCAAAGACUUACAUCCUGACUUGUGAGAACGACGUCCUGAGGGAUGAUGGGGUGAUGUACGCCAAGCGGUUGGAGAACGCUGGCGUGGAAGUCACACUCGAUCACUUUGAUGACUGCUUUCAUGGUUGUAUGAUAUUCACGAUUUGGCCUACUGAUUUCUCGGCAGGAAUUCAGACCAGAAACAGCUAUAUAAAGUGGCUCGAUGAAAACCUCUGAAGAGAGAGCUUCUCUGGAAGACACUAUGCUCAGCUCUGGUGUCUGUUCUUGCAAAAGAACAAUCAAUGAAAAAGUGCACUUUUCCAAAUCAUGCUUUCAUCCAUUCAGCUGCAGCUGGGGGGUGGCUGCAGACCACAGACCACUACCUGUAGCGUUUACCUGCUCGAUUGGACUUGCCCAGCAAAAUAUUUUGUGACAUAUUUUUUGGACUUCAGUUGUGGUUUUUUUUUUUUUUCUUUUCAGAUGACUUGCCAGCCAUAAACAGAUGUUGAGCAAGGAGAUCAGCAUUCCUGCCACAUUCUUAACUGGCUAAAACUUUCAAGCUUUGUCUCUUAGUUAGGCAUAAGGGCCACAACUUUAGAAAGGGGCCAGGUAGAGCCAAGUACCUACAUCUAUGUCUGAAUACGUAUAAAAAGGGAGAACUAAUUUUCAACACUGUUGAGCACUUGUUGAUGAAGAAGAAAAGCAUAAGCCCUCUCACUUUUGACAGCAGAGACGCACAUCUGAAUAUCAGGAAUGGAUUCAGGUGUUGGCUUUUAGGCACACAGAGAAAUGGCUCUUAAAUUAAAAAUAAUAAAAUUUGCUUUUCUAGGCAGUAGGCAAAGAAUUUGCUUUUCUAGGCAGUAAAGAUUAUGCUAAGCAAGUCUUCUAGCCAAACACAUAGUUCAGCUUUGGAAUUCGGCCUUUAUGGUCUUUUAGUGGCUUAUAUUUUAUAAAAGCACAGAACAAAAUAUAUUUUCAAUAUUUUAAAUUAAAAAAACGAUAUAGAAUAUAUAGAAAUGCAAAGGAUAAAAAUGUGUAGCUGCAGAAUCUAGGCUGGUUAUGUGAGCUUCAGAGCUGACUACUUGGCUAAAGACUACGACACUGACCGUUUUUAAAGCCUCAGAUCUGUGACCUCCUUACAGAAAAUACUGAGCGUGCUAAAAAGAAUCUGCUGUGUGGUUUGCACUAAUGUUUGUAAUUAAUAGUAGAAGUUUUUUGUUUGUUGAGUUUCUUUUGUGCUAGUAGUGUUUACUGUAUUUCAUGCUUCCCGGAACUUUGCAGCUAUACUUCCUCUGUCUAGUAGACUGAACCUGAAGUGCUAGGUAAGAUGAUCUAGCCACUGUGUAGCACAUCUCUACGGUUUGAACUGCUCUUUAAUAUUCAGAGAUGCGGAAUAGCAAAGUGAAACCACUUACAACUGUGUCUAUCUUCCAGGAUGUUUACUGCUUGCAGAAAUGAAGGCUGUAUCAAAACGCUGUGCCCGGUGUAUCUAGGCAAAGAGAAUGGCUGUCCCGUGACUAAGCUAGGGGAUUAAAUUUAUUGUUGGCUUUACUGCUGACUUCCUGUAGGAGCCCAGGAGAACAACUUAAUCUCCUUGUGCCUCACUUUCUUCCCCUGCGACACAGGGAGUAGUCAUUUCCUACCUCACAAAGGAGUUGUGAAGCCGAAUUCACAGACAUUAGUGAAGCACAGGGAUACCUCACCGAAUAGCAGGCACUGAACAGACCCCUCAGCUUUCAGCUGUCCAUCAUUCUUUAACAGCUGGCUCUGAGCAGUCUGCCCCAUUGCAGGCAGCGCUGCUGGACUGCCUGUCCUCCUAGGAAGGUAACUGAUUUCUAUCCUGCCUCGUGUGAAAGACCAGGAAGCUGAGGGCUCUCGCCUGUUGGGAGAUCAGAACAAAAACAAUUUCAUGAGAUUACUCCUGAAAAGUUCUUUUAAGAAAAAAAAACCAACAAACCUGGUAAAUCAGACUGCCUUCUGUGAUUUAAAAUAUAGACGGAACAGUCCGCUUUCACUGAUAUAUAACUUAAACAGAAGAAUGACUUUACUCAAUCGUUGCUGCCUAAAAACACCAGGUUGUUAACGUUGCUGUAUGUAUUAAGCUGCUAAUGAGACAAGGCCUCAAUGUAGACUCAGUCAUGCAGGCUGAACUAAUUUCUGAGCAUAGGUUCACGUGGAGGUCACAAGCCAAAGCUUUUUCAACAGUGGCCCAGAUUCUUUGUCAAAUUAGACCAUUACAAGGCUCGGUGGAAUUAGAGCAGCCAAGUGACAAUUCAAAUCAGAAUAAACUUUGGCCUAUAUAUCCCCUUAACACUGCAGAAUAACUCAAUUUUUUUAUAUAUACAUUUAAGUCAUCUGUCUUCGCUUCCUCCCCCAUGGACACAACUUCAGUAGAUACAAUUUACACUUAAAAGAGAUACCAAAGUUCUGUCCAUUCACAAGUUACUAAUCUUUGAAAAGGAGUCUGCACCAGUGCCCAUUCCACUGUAUGCAAACAGCUCCACUUACUUGACUUCAAACCAUCACUUAGAAUCAAAACAUGUUUUUCACUGAGUUGUAACAACAAGGUUCUCCUGGCUUUCCCACUUGGAGGAAACCUAUGUCAGAAGAGGUGUAAUUUAUAUGAACUUGCAGUCGUUAGAAGGUAGUAGUUGUAGUACUGGAAAAAAGUGGUUAAUAUUCUUACCAAUUCUGGCUGCAGAGCUUUAGAUCAGCAUUUGUUUAUAGCUAAGUUAUAAAUACCUGCUAUGAAGUUAUAAUGUAAUCACUACUGUAUUUUUUAACUGAAAUGGAGAGCUGGAAUAUAUAUUCCUGGAGUUGGUUGUAUAUUUCCUUCAUGCACUGAAGCACAUUAAGUCUUGGCACAAGAAGUGGUAGUAACUGGAUUGAAUGUGUUUACUAAGUCAUCACCAGCUUGACAUGGCAUCCAAGAUGGCAGCACAGCUUGGAUGAGAUGUUACAGCGUUAACUAGUUCUGUCGAAGUACCCUGACUACUUUUAGCAUGCAGCUGUAUGGUUAAGAACAUAAUGGCUGCAAAGAUGCAUUGUGUUUCCUACUGCAUACAAAAAGAGGUUAAGUUACAGCUGUGAAAAGGCCUUUUGAGAUGUAGCCGCACUGGACGCUUCAUUAAAAUUCAGCAUAAACCUUGAAGUAAGCGUCAGCUGCAUUCUCACCUUUCCUCCUGCUUCCUCUCCCAUGCAGGCAGUCACAGAGCUGAAAGUUCAGCGUUGCUUCCAGCUGAACUGCUGCAGAAUCACCCAAGCAGAGCACUAGCAGCAUUUCUACAGAGAUCUGGUGCCUGCAAGGAAGAGAUGAGGUUAAUGCACGUCAAAAAAAAGCUUUAUUUGUUCAUGUGGUGCUUUAUUUUUUUUUAAUGAUCCUCAUUUGAAAAGAGUCUUACAAUGUCCUGAAGUGCUUUCGUGGGUAUAAGUAGCACCUUCAUUCCUCUAGUUUCACAAAGCAGCUUAGGGCACCGUGCACAAUUGAGGAUCAGAUGCAGAGAUAUUUCCAAUGCUAUUUCACAAGCAUAGCGAAAACUCUGCCUUCUAAAAGAAGUUACUCAAUAAAUUUGUCUCGUUAGCUUUUCAUUAAACGAGCACAGCUAACAACUUUCUAAAGGUUUUUUUUUUUUUUUUUUCCUCCCCAUUCCUCCAGUUAAACAUCAUAAGCUUUAAAGACAAAGCCUGCAUAGCACGAACCUAAAGCCACUUGAAUCCUACUUCAUGGAUGCUGGAACUGUAUUAGCAGUUCCCCAGCGGUUUCAGCCAAUAUUCACAGAAAUCAAUGAAGUUUCUGUUUGUCCAGCAUAGAACCUCUUAAAGAACGGGAGUCAAGCAUUUCUCAAAACCUGAACCAAAAUGAAAACACUUAACGGUGCAUUAAAAUCACUAAUAACAUCCAUUUCCAAACCUUCAUGUAAGCAAUUGCAAAAUUGCAUCCCCAGCCAGAGCAGAAAGGCCGCUGUGGGGCCUACAAACUAAAAUUACCUUUACAAGAUGGUUUGGUAGCGGUCGGGCCCCUCUGUUUUUUAAUUAAAUGCAUCAAGGGUAUAUUUCUAAUCUCUGAUUAAACUUUAUGAGGAACUUUUUCAAAUAAAGAUGUUAGAUUAACCUGGCAAGCCUCUUAAGCUGCUCUGAUCUGUAAGCUGGUGUAAUUAGUUCUCUUAUUUAUGAUGUUCAGAAACCCAGAGUGCAACAUGCUUGAUGUAAAUGCGUUCAGUAUCUUACGUGUGACUGUUUGUUUGCUUCUUUCCCCGUGCAGGGCAAAGAUCUUGUAAGAUCUAAUUAGCAAGUGCGAUUCAAACGUGCUAUCGACAUGAAGAACAAAUAAAACGAAACGCAUCCGCUGUUUUUCUCAAGACCGCUGCUUUUUCUUUUUUCUUUUCUUCCCCUCGAUGUGCCACACUUCCAACAUGAGUUUUCACUUAGGUCAGUGACAGUUCCUGCCCAAAAUGCUGAAUCCAAAUCAGGGUGGUUGUUUGCAGAGCAGGAAGCCUUGCUUGCGUGUCCGUGGUCUGUGAGCGUGACCUUCUCUUCCUUGUUAUCUUGGCAAACAAUAAAAGCUGACUACAUUUGCUCGCUUUGGAUAACGCA